AUGGCGUCUAGCUCGAUGAGGUCUUGGUCAGCUGCGGAAAACAAAGCCUUUGAGAUGGCACUGGCGGUGUUCGACAAGGACACCCCAGACCGUUGGGUGAAUGUAGCGAGGGCUAUUGGCGGGAGGACCCCUGAAGAAGUGAAAAGGCACUAUGAAAUCUUAGUGGAGGAUGUUAAAUACAUUGAGAGCGGUAAAGUACCGUUCCCCAACUACAUUACCACUGGAGGAGUUGGUAGCAUCAAGACAAUUAGGAAAUAAGGAUGACGAAUCAGAAGCUAUAACAGAAUAAAGAAAUGCAUUGCAGUUAUGUUCAGAUGCAUGAAGAUUAUUAUAGAUAUAUAUAUUUAAUAUGCACAAUGCAGCAGCUACUUAAGAAUCA